AUGAAGUCUUACACUCCAUAUUUCAUGCUCCUGUGGAGUGCUGUUGGGAUAGCGAAGGCUGCCAAAAUCAUCAUCGUGCCGCCAAUUAUGUUUGAAAGCCAUAUAUACAUUUUCAAGACGCUGGCCUCGGCCUUACACGAGAGAGGCCACCAUACAGUGUUCCUCCUCUCUGAGGGCAGAGACAUCGCCCCAUCUAAUCAUUACAGCUUCCAGCGCUACCCAGGGAUCUUUAACAGUACCACCUCGGAUGCUUUCCUGCAGUCCAAAAUGCAGAAUAUUUUCUCUGGGAGAUUGACAGCAAUCGAGCUGUUUGACAUACUGGAUCACUAUACUAAGAACUGUGACAUGAUCGUUGGCAACCGUGCCCUGAUCCAGGGCCUGAAAAAAGAAAAGUUUGACCUGCUGCUGGUGGACCCUAAUGAUAUGUGUGGAUUUGUGAUAGCUCAUCUUUUAGGGGUUAAAUAUGCUGUAUUUUCAACUGGCCUUUGGUAUCCUGCUGAAGUGGGCGCUCCUGCCCCAUUAGCUUACGUCCCAGAAUUUAAUUCACUCCUCACAGACCACAUGAACUUGCUACAAAGGAUGAAAAAUACUGGCGUUUACCUCAUGUCCAGAUUAGGGGUCAGCUUUCUGGUUCUUCCCAAAUACGAAAGGAUAAUGCAGAAGUACAACCUGCUGCCACAGAAGUCCAUGUAUGAUUUGGUUCAUGGGUCCAGCCUGUGGAUGCUGUGUACUGACGUAGCACUGGAGUUUCCAAGACCCACUCUGCCUAAUGUUGUUUAUGUAGGAGGAAUCCUAACCAAACCGGCCAGCCCACUACCAGAAGAUCUCCAAAGGUGGGUAAAUGGUGCUAAUGAACAUGGCUUUGUCCUGGUAUCUUUUGGAGCCGCUGUCAAGUAUCUGUCAGAAGACAUCGCUAAUAAAUUGGCAGGAGCUCUGGGGAGAUUGCCUCAAAAAGUGAUUUGGAGGUUUUCUGGAACCAAACCAAAGAAUCUAGGAAACAACACUAAGCUCAUAGAGUGGUUGCCACAAAAUGACCUGCUUGGGCAUUCAAAUAUUAAAGCCUUCCUGAGCCAUGGUGGUUUGAACAGUAUUUUUGAAACUAUGUAUCAUGGUGUACCUGUGGUGGGAAUCCCACUCUUUGGAGACCAUUAUGAUACUAUGACCCGGGUACAGGCAAAAGGCAUGGGGAUAUUGCUAGAAUGGAAGACAGUUACUGAAGGAGAGCUAUAUGAAGCACUGGUGACAGUUAUCAAUAACCCCAGCUACCGUGAAAGAGCCCAGAAACUUUCGGAAAUUCAUAAGGAUCAACCUGGUCACCCUGUCAAUCGGACUAUCUAUUGGAUCGAUUACAUUCUUCGUCACAACGGAGCUCAUCACCUACGUGCCGCUGUCCAUCAAAUCUCUUUCUGUCAGUAUUUUUUACUGGAUAUUGCUUUUGUGCUUUUGCUUGGUGCUACCUUGUUUUACUUUCUCUUAUCCCGGGUGACAAAAUUUAUCUAUGGAAAAGUCAAAAGUCUGUGGUCUAGAAAUAAGCAUAGCCCAGUUAAUGGACAUUACCACAAUGGAAUUCUCAAUGGCAAAUACAAAAGAAAUGGCCAUAUUAAACAUGAAAAGAAGGUGAAAUGA